GACUCUUCCGAGACUUUCGCUCUUUCAGCGACGACCUGAGCUCUUGGAACACCUCUUUGGUGCGCGACAUGAGCUUUAUGUUCGCCGGGGCGACCAGUUUCAGCCAGCCCCUUGGGAAGUGGGACACCCGGCGGGUGAUCAACAUGAGCCACAUGUUCGCGAAUGCCCGUGCUUUCAACUCUCCCCUGAACAGCUGGAACACCUCCUCGGUUCGCGAUAUGAGCUGCCAAUUCUGUGGCGCCAGCUCUUUCAAUCGGCCAUUGCAGAGAUGGACCACAUCCUCAGUCAGGAGGAUGAAUGACAUGUUCGCCUUUGCUAGGCUAUUUAAUCAGAACAUUGACUCCUGGGAUACAUCGUCUGUCUUGGACAUGAGCGGAAUGUUCUCCUAUGCCAGUUCCUUCAACCAGUCCAUAAAUUCUUGGGACACCUCAGCGGUCAAGGACAUGAGCAAUAUGUUUUCACACGCAGCUGCCUUCAACCAGCCACUUCACCGAUGGAACACCACGUCGGUGCGCGACAUGAGCUAUAUGUUCAAGAUGGCGAAGGCUUUUCAACGUCGCAUAGGCACCUGGGAGACCUCUGCGGUGGAGGACAUGCAUGGCAUGUUCCAAUAUGCGGUCUCUUUCAACCAACCUCUCAGCCAGUGGGACACCGCGUCAGUCAAGGACAUGAUCAACAUGUUCUACAGGGCCAAGGCUUUCAACCAGCCACUGGCUAGCUGGAACGUCUCGUCUGUCUCGAAGCUCUCUGGCGCCUUCCGUGGCGCAGUCGACUUUGACCAGAGCCUCAGCACCUGGCAGCUGAGAAGCUUACAGUCAGGUCAAGAGGGCCUGCGGGCGCUGCUCUCGGAAACUCGCCUCUCUCCCUGCAGGGCACUGCUCACUUGGCAGUCCUGGCAUUCGACAACUUCUGCAGCGCCUUUCACGGACUUUCACCCUGGCUCUUGCCCAAGUUGUCGCUCAGCAUCUGCAUGUCCAGAUGAUCUCGUUUGCAUGGAGGGCCGCUGUUUGCCCAUCACCGCGGGCUUCUUGGAGCUCGGCACGGCCGAGUGGACCGGGACAAGGACUGGGCAGGUGUCGCUCGGCUUCGGGCCUUGUGCCAAGCUCUGCCAGGCCAACGAGAGCUGUUCAGGCUUCCUCCUGCGAGGGGACGACUGCGGCUUCCUCCAACAGCUUCAAUCGCCGCGCCGGCUCCGCGAGGAAGGCGAUGUCGCUGCCUUUUGGAAGGUGACCUGCGCACUGUUCCCCUGCUCUCGGAGAGAUGGGAUGGCCUCGAGUCUGGUGGCCGGCGCCGUCGAUGUGGCGACAUGCUGCGACUGUCCAGCCGCCCACCUGGUCAAG